CCGAUCAUGGCGACUCUCGGCGGUAGUCGUGGGGAUCGUCUCGGCAACUCCAAUCAUCAAAGAUCUUCCCUCGCUUCUCCGGAGAGAGUCCGUGAACUUCUCAACGAAGGAGUGUCAUCGGCGGGUAUCGGGUCUAACAGUCAACAAGGAGAUUUGAAAGUCCUUGAAGCUAAAGGCAACAGUCAAGCGCCUUGUGAAGCCACAAACAAAGAAGCCUUUUUCUCCAGAGUGGAAUCCUAUUCAUGUUUGAAAUGGGCAGGCAAGCCGCGUACACUGUCCCCACUGAUGUGUGCCAGAUAUGGCUGGAUCAACGUUGGCUGUGAUAUGCUCAAGUGCUCGAGCUGCCAGGCGUUCCUUUGUGCAUCUCUACAACUAACUCUAGACUUUGAAAAAUAUGAAUCCCGCAUUGCAGAAAUAUCAAGCCAGCUUCAGACGCAACAUGAAAAGUUUUGUCCUUGGCCAGAUUUCCCAUGUCCUGAGCGGCUUUGGUCGGUUCCAGCCUCUGAGCCAUCAGCACUUCUCGCUGCCUUCCUAGAGCGCUUCCAAAGUGCCUGUCUCCUUGCACAGCAGCUGCCAGCUAUGAAGCCAGAGCAGCUGAAAUCCAUGUCUUUGACUGAGGAUGUUGUCAGUGUUAUACUCCAGCUGAUUGAGGAAGAGCAAAAACGAAAAGGUCGGACUCUGUGUUCUGAACCUCUGGCUGUUCAGGUGGCAGCAUGUAUUGUCUCUCUCUGUGGCUGGACUGCAAGCCCAGCACUACAUGCCAUGAAACUGCCCAUCCUCACCUGCUCCUAUUGUAUGCGCAAGGUAGGUUUGUGGAACUUUCAUCAGAUGGAGGGAACAGUAGAUGAAGGAGAUGGUGCACCAAACACUCUAAGCACAUCUGCUCAAGCAUCUGGUCCAACAUCGGCAGCCACACAAGAGAGCCACAAGGACCCAGGGUCUGCUUCUGCUUCACCCACCCCUGCAACAACUCCAUGUCGCAUGAAACUAAGGAGCCAAGAUUCCACUCGAUCUGACCAGGGUGAAGGCAACCUCUCCUCCCAGGCUUUACGUGCCCGAAGCAGAGACUCACCCAGUCCCAGUGAAGAGUUGCCAAGUCCGUUGGCCCGGGGCAAGAGGCCGGCAACACGCAGUCGAGGUCAAAGUGACACUACAGGGGGUGAUAGUGCUGCCUGCUUACAGCCCCCUCCCAAACGCCUGUGCUUCUCAUCAGCUGGUCCUGAUGGGCUGCUGCACAAAAAUGCAUUUGAUCCCCUUGCUCAGCAUAGAGAGUGGUGUCCAUGGAUCACAGUAGGCAAAGAGAAUGUAGAUCCCGGGACCAUCCCUGCCUUGGAUGGUGCCUCAGCACUUAAUCAGCAGGGCUGGAAGGCUGCUCUUGACCUCCUCAUGCCCAUGAGGAAGAACUGCAGUGCAGCAGGAGGAAGUCCAACACAGGGUCCCCGUGACAAGUCCAAGAGGGUUUUUGCUAUAUUCCGUCAGUGGCAGGUGUUUUCCUCUCCAUCCCAGUAGACUGUUUCCAUGAAAACACUAUCACUGAAACUGAUGAACUGACCUGCCAUCUUAUUGUGGUACAGUGUUUGUAGUACCAGUGACAAACGAGUCAUAUCAUAUUGUACACCAUCCCCUGAAGUUGUGUUUACAAUAAGUGUUUUUUGGGGGAGGUUGAUGAUUGUCUUUUCUGUGAUAACUCAAGUGAAGGAUGCCUGUGUGGCACUCAAACAUCUGGAUUCUGCUACAUGAGUAUUGGUAUGUGUUACUACUGGGGCAUAUGGUGUAUAAACCUUGCUUACAUAUGUAACAGAAGUCAUGUCGGCAUUCAACAUGCAAGGUGUCUUUUAUUAACCUCACAUGAAGUCUGCUUUGGUAGUUGUUCAUAGUAGACUUUUGGUUUGGAUUUCUGUGUAGUACUAGGUAGUUGUGAGAGUGGGCCAUGGCAUCAACACUGGAACAGAAAUGUUUACUUUCAGUAUAUGUUGAGUCAUUUGAGGGACAGGUAAACAUUAUUUCAUAUGUUCAAAAACUGAGGAAGUGCUUUUGUAUGUGUGUGUGUGUGUGUGUGUGUGUGAUUUGCUGGAAAAGCAGUGUGGACGUGAGUUCUCAUUAAACUUAUAGGUUCCAGUGGAAGCAACAACAUUUUUUUUUUUUUAGAUGAUGCCGAAAUUCAGAUUAUUUUAGGCAGGUGCCAUGAAUUUCAAUUAGAAUCAGGAUGUAUGUUUUCCUCUGCCUUUCUUUCACAUCCUAUUGCUAAUGCAGUCCUUUCUAUCCAGCAUGUGCUUUUAUCUCUGUAGAAUUUCUUAAGGGGAUUAAAUAAAAUACUUCGAUGAAAAUAUUUUA